AACGUCUUUGUCGUCAGCCUAGCCAUCGCAGACCUGGUUGUGGCCAUCUACCCAUAUCCUCUAGUCCUAACAUCUGUCUUUCACAAUGGAUGGAACUUGGGAUAUGUCCAUUGCCAAAUCAGUGGGUUUCUUAUGGGCCUAAGUGUCAUUGGAUCCAUAUUCAACAUUACUGGAAUCGCAAUCAACCGGUAUUGCUACAUCUGCCACAGCCUCAAGUAUGACAAGCUGUACAGCGACAAGAAUGCUCUGUGCUAUGUCCUUCUCAUCUGGCUCUUGACCUUUGUUGCCAUUGUGCCCAAUUUGUUUGUGGGAUCCCUUCAGUACGAUGCCAGGAUCUACUCAUGUACCUUCUCGCAGUCAGUGAGCUCUGCGUACACAAUAGCAGUUGUGUUUUUCCACUUCAUGCUCCCAAUCGCUAUAGUUACAUUUUGCUACUUGAGGAUAUGGAUCCUAGUCAUUCAGGUACGGAGGAGAGUUAAACCUGAUAACAAACCCAAAUUGAAGCCACAUGACUUUAGGAACUUUGUGACCAUGUUUGUGGUCUUUGUACUCUUUGCGGUAUGCUGGGCUCCUUUGAAUUUCAUAGGCCUCGCAGUGGCUGUCAACCCAGAAACAAUAACUCCCCAGAUUCCAGAGUGGUUGUUUGUUUCCAGUUACUACAUGGCAUACUUCAACAGCUGCCUUAAUGCUAUCAUUUAUGGACUCUUGAACCAGAAUUUCAGACGAGAAUACAAGCGAAUUAUUGUGACAAUUUGUACAGCAAAAUUUUUCUUUCAGGACAGCUCCAACGAUGCAGUAGACAGGAUGAAAACCAAACCUUCACCGCUAAUCACAAACAACAAUUUAGUGAAGGUCGACUCUGUGUGAAAAGAGAAACUUUGUUAUUGAUGAUUUAAGACAACACUCAAAUGCUAUAUCUGUCUGUUAGCCCCACAGUUCAAGUUCUUCAGUGAAACACCAAUGUACAAAUGCACUCGGGUGAAGUUUGACAUACUGUUAUCUUUGAGCCAAAGUUAUCAUUUUUACAUAAAGAUUCUUCUAUUGCACUAUGUAAUAUUGCAUACAGUGGGCAUGAUCCAAUCAAAGUUAAAUGGUUAAUAUCCAUUCAUACAAGUAGCUAAAUCCCUUCCACUGAAAUAAAUUAAACCAAUGCAUUUUCUUUGUCUGAAUAAUUCCCAGUGAUACUCUGAUACAGCUACAAGCCUAUAAUUCAAUCAUAUACAUUACUUCUCAGAAAUAAGUCCCACUGAGCUCUAUAGGGCUUAUUUCUGGGUAAGUGCGUAUAGUAUGGCAACCUUAGGUUACUAUAGAAAUACAGAAUAAUUUUUGUAAAUC